AAAACUAAAACACCGUGUUUAUUCAGAUCAGACCGUGAAUCUUCGUUUAAAAUAGCCGUCGAGUCACUGAAUUUCAUGCGUAAAGUUGUUGUGACAAGCAAGUACGAUAGUGUCGAACAGUUAAUUGAACUUUUGAAAUGUGAACGUGCCCAUUUAGCAGCUGCAGAGCCAACUGAAUUCGUUAUAUCAAAUGUUGUAUUGAGUGUUUUGAAAAUGAUACGAGAAGAAAAUGAAAGAGCAGUUCUUGGCUCUGAUGAGUUCAGUCCAUACGAUUCACUGAAUGUGAGGAAAUUGUGGAACUGUCCAUCAACAGGUGAUAAAGAGAUUGGCAGUAGAUCACUACGAAAAUCUGCUGUAGCUGCAAUUAAUGAAUUCGCUACUGAAAUGGAAACUUGUCGUGAUAAUAUGUGUGCGCAGGCAUUGGAUCAUAUAUGUUCGUCAGAUGUUGUGAUAACACAUGCAUUGAGUAAAUCCGAAACACUGCGUGCUUUCUUUGAGACAGCUCGUUCGUCACAUCGCUCAUUCCGUUUAUUAUCAUUGGGUGAUGACUAUGAACACGCAGAAUAUUUAUCACCAGUUGAUAUUUUAUCAGCAAUGAGACAUGCGACUCGAGUUAUCAUUGCUGCUGCAGCACUUUUGCCUGAUGGUUCUUGUAUUGCACCUGCUGGAAGUUUGAUGAUGUGCUUAGCAGCAAAACGACAUUCCGUACCUGUGUCUGUUUGUGCUGCAUUCUACAAAAUAACACCGUGCUUCCUACCGGAUUUAGAUUUGAUGCCGGCGAUGGGUGCGCCAUCUGAAAUCGUUUCUUUCAGUGAAUCAGACUCGAUGAAUUUUGUUCAUGUGGUUAAUCCACUUUUUGACUUAAUACCCUCACAGCUUAUUUCGUUAUAUAUUUCACAUACAUCUGCUAUAUCACCGUCACAUAUUUAUCGUCUCAUUGGUGAUUAUUACCAUCCAAACGAUAUCAGUCAUAUGAACACUUUUUAA